AUGGAUGACUAUGAGGACGGCCUCGGCGGGGACACCUUCCGUGAAGCGACCUUUCGGAGCCCAGGCGCCCAAGAGAGCAACUUCGGCCGCGUGGCCAGAGCCCGAGAGGCCUCCGAGGUCGCCUCAAUCGCAUGGGACUGGGAGCGCCCAGUGAGUGCCGGCGGCGUUGGCUUGGACGGCGUCCCGCGCAUGCGCCGGCCACGAUCGGCCACGCGGCUGCAGACGGAGGUGGAGCUGAGUCGCACCCAGGCUCAGAUCAACAACCUGCAGGCCAAAGUGGUCGCCGGCUCCACAGAGGUGGAGCGCCUGCAGCAGAAGUUGGAGGCUGCAGAGGCGGACGCUACCCUGCAGCGGUCUCUAGCGGCCACGGCCAAGGCUGAGCUGAUGAAACUACGCACACGAGUGCCAGAUAGCCACCAGGUUUGCGAUGAGCGCUCCGAGCGCCAGAUUCAGCAGCUGCAAGCCAAGGCGAGUUUCGCGGAGUCCCGGAUGCGGGACAUGCAGCUGGAGUUGGAAAAACUCUCAGCGCAGGAGGCCGAUGCGCAGGCCAGGGCGGAGCAAUGCUGUCGAGACAGAGAGGAGCUGCGACACAAGAUGCGCAUGACCGUGUCGGAAGUCGACGCAGCAACCACCCGUGCGCGGGAGUUGGAAAUGGACAUCUCAAGAUGGCAAGCCUGGGCAGAGGAGGUGGCUGGGGACCACCAGGAGGUAUCCUCUCAGCUUCAAUCCGUGCAGCGAAGGCUGACAGAGCUCAACCAGCUGUUAGCAAUUGAGCGGGAACGCGCCUCGGAUUUGGAGGGCAAGGUGCGUGCCAAGGACCAAGAGCUUCAGCAGAAGGGCCAGGCUGAGACACAGCUGGAAGUUCAGAAGGGAGAGUACGAGCGCCAGCUGUCUCAGCUCCGGUCAGCGGCACUGGAUCUUCAAUCCGGCAGGGCGCAGGACUUGGAGCGGGAGUUGCAGACUGCCUAUCAGAAGAACGCAGAGCUCCAGGCAAUGAUGGAGCGGAAGCAGAGGGACUUGGAUUCACAGGCAGCUGCGCAUUGCGAGGCACUGAGCAGCGCCCUGGCAAGGGCCCUCGCGCUGGAGCAGCAGCUGGACCAGCGCGCCACGGAGACCCGGGCUUUGACGCAGUCCUCCCAGACCUUGGAGCAGGAGCUGCAAGCGCAACGCCGCCAGCACGAGGAGCAGCAGGCGGAACUUCAGAGGCAGCACGCCCGGGCCAAAGCCCUGGAGGCCGAUGCACAGGCAAGGGCGGAGCAAUGCUGUCGAGACAGGGAGGACCUGCGACACAACGUGCACAUGACCGUGGACCGGAUGCGCCGAACCGCGGAGCUUCUGGAGCUCUUCUCCCAGGCUGAUGUCAGCGCUGCCACUUCGGAAAUCGAUGCAGCCACUGCCCGAGCACGGGAGCUGGAAAUGGCCGCCCGAGCACGGGAGCUGGAAAUGGACAUCUCAAGAUGGCAAGCCUGGGCAGAGGAGGUGGCCGGGGACCACCAGGAGGUAUCCUCUCAGCUUCAAUCCGUGCAGCGAAGGCUGACAGAGCUCAACCAGCUGUUGGCCAUUGAACGGCAACGCACUUCGGACCUGGAGGAAAAGGUGCGUGCCAAGGACCAAGAGCUUCAGCAGAAGGGCCAGGCUGAGACACAGCUGGAAGUUCAGAAGCGAGAGUAUGAGCGCCAGCUGUCUCAGCUCCGGUCCGCCGUGGCCUUGGAGCUGGAAUCCACCACCACGCUAGCACAGGACUUGGAGCGGGAGUUGCAGACCGCCUACCGGAAGAACACAGAGCUCCAGGCGCAGCUUGCCCAAUGCGAGCAGCAGCAGCGGCAACAUAUGACGCUCGAGAAGAGGAAUGCGGAGCGUGCCAUCGACUUAGAGGCACGGCUGCGCAACCAGGAGCAGGAGCAGGAGCAUCGCUUGAACGCUGCGCUGUCGGACCUGCAAUCAGCUGCGCAGAGGGAAGCCGGCUUGGAGCAGCGGGCCAUGCAGCGUGAGCAGACUUUGCAGCUGGAAUCCACCCGAGAGCAGGAGGCGCAGCGGCAGCGGCAGAUGCUGUCCCAGCAGCUGCAGAAUGCCCAGCGUGACACUUCCCAGCUGCAGGCAAUGAUGGAGCGGAAGCAGAGGGACUUGGAUUCACAAGCAGCUGCGCAUUCCGAGGCCCUCAACGGCGCCCUGGCAAGGGCCCUCGCGCUGGAGCAGCAGUUGGACCAACGCGCCACGGAGACCCGGGCUUUGACGAAGUCAGCCCUGGAAUGCCGGCAGUCCUCCCAGACCUUGGAGCAGGAGCUGCAAGCGCAACGCCGCCAGCACGAGGAGCAGCAGGCGGAGCUUCAGAGGCAGCACGCCCGGGCCAAAGGUCUGGAGGCCAGAGUGGAGGGGCUGCAGGCGCAUGCCGCGGCGCUGUCCAGCAGCCGAGAGGAGCUAGCGCAAGAGCGCGCAAGAUCUUCGGAGCUGGCAGUGCUGCAGCAGAGGUUGGAGGCGCAGGUGGAGCAAGCUCGCAAGGAGGGCCUAGCGCAGGUCUGGGCGCUGGAGGAUGCCGCAGAGGCGGAGAUGCGCCUGGAGGCUCAACUCCUAGCUGCUGAGCGGAACGCGGAGGCGACGCAAAGUCUUUGCCAAGAGCUCUCGUGCCAGAUGGAGCGCCUGGAGGUAAGCAGCGAGCGCGAGCGCAUGGCGUUUGCGGCAGAAAGCAAGCGACUGCAGGAGCAGCUGAGCAGCUCCAAGGAGAUGGCAGCGGAGGAGGCCUGCCGCGCAGAGAAGCGCGCGGAGAAGCAGAUGGCUUCGAUGGGCUGCCUGGAACAUCAGGUGGCCACACAGAGGCACGUGGCCCAGAGGAACUGCGCAGAGGCCAGCGAGCUAGCCCUCUCUUUGAAGGACAGGAUGGUCGAACUGACGCAGCUGAAAGUCAAGAACGAGGAGGCUGCGCAGCUUGCGCGCGAACGCGCAGCAGAGCUGCAGAAGUUGCAAGAGACCGCCGAACAGGCUGAGGUGGCGCAUGCGCAGUGCCAAAGAUUGCACGAAGAGCUUGACGAGGCAAAGAGACAAUCGCAAGCGCAAGCGCAGCGCCAGCAAGAUUCAGCUUUGGACGCUUGCGAGCAGAAGUUUGCCGAAGAAAGAGCUAAGGCCAGCGAGCUAGCCCUCUCUUUGAAGGACAAGAUGGUCGAAACGACGCAGCUGAAAAUCAAGAACGAGGAGGCUGCGCAGCUUGCGCGCGAACGCGCAGCAGAGCUGCAAAAGUUGCAAGAGACCGCCGAACAGGCUGAGGUGGCGCAUGCGCAGUGCCAAAGAUUGCACAAAGAGCUUCAUGAGGCAAAGAGACAAUUGCUGGCGCAAGCGCAGCGCCAGCAAGAUUCAGCUUUGGACGCUUGCGAGCAGAAGUUUGCCGAAGAAAGAGCUAAGGUCAGCGAGCUAGCCCUCGCUUUGAUGGACAGGAUGGUGGAAAUGACGGAGCUGAAAGCCAAGAACGAGGAGGCUGCGCAGCUUGCGCGCGAAAGCGCAGCAGAGCUGCAAAAGUUGCAAGAGACCGCUGAACAGGUGGCGCACGCACAGUGCCAAAGAUUGCACGAAGAGCUUGACGAGGCGAAGAGACAAGCGCUGCAAGCGCAAGCUGGCCCGAAGCUUGCGGAUAGCGCGAAGGGAAAGCUGCCCAACUCCCUGGAGCAAAGCGAGGCAGCCCGUGCUGGGAGUGAGCGUGCCCCACUUGUGCACCAGCUUUUUGCAGGAGGCAGAGGAGGCUGGCCUUCCACGAACUUGCAGCCUGCAGGACAUGGAGCCCGUGGUGCUCAAAGCCACCAAGAACCAGGGAGCCGCCUACGUCCAACAGCUGCAAGGGUGCUCGCGGGGGCACGCCACCCAGCUCCUGAGCGUCCCAGCGCGCACGCCGGUGCGCGCGGUAGCUGA